AGGGAUCGGCGACAGCAAAUGAUGCGCGUCAUACUGCUGCUCGCCGCCAUCGCGGCCACAUGUGCCAUCCCAACGUCGCCUGCCAGCAAAACUUCAUCAGUGGACGAUGAAAUCCAUCUCGCCUUCAUUUCAUGGAAGAAUAAGUUUGAAAAAGUUUAUGAUGGUGCAGAGCAUUUGGCACGAUUCGCAGUCUUCAAAGCAAACAUGGAGAUCAUUCGUGCGCACAAUGCUCUGUACGAACUGGGCGAAGAGACUUUUUCGAUGGCUGCAAACCAAUUUGCGGAUAUGACGGCUGAAGAGUUCAAGCGUACUGUGCUUGGAUACAAACCAGAGCUGAAAGGCAAACGACUUCUGCAAGGCUUGAAUUCCGGCAAGAACUGCACACAUAGGAGCAAUAACUCAACAAGACCAAAAGCUAUUGACUGGCGUACGAAGAGUGCUGUUACACCAGUGAAAAACCAAGGUCAAUGUGGAAGCUGCUGGUCGUUUUCGACAACGGGAGCUGUUGAGGGUGCAUGGGUUGUCGCUGGUCACCCGCUUAUAUCACUUUCGGAAGAGGAGCUCGUUCAAUGUGACACCAAAAGUGAUCAAGGGUGCAACGGCGGUCUUAUGGAUAACGCUUAUGCAUGGAUCAUUCAAAAUGGUGGUAUCGCGGCAGAGGACGUAUAUCCAUACAUCUCCGGAAAUGGAACCACGGGCGUUUGUCAUGUAGCCUUCCUCAGCAAGAAAGUUGCUUCGAUCUCAGAUUGGUGUGAUCUGAAACCAGAAGACGAAAGCGACUUGGAGUUGGCUCUCGUGCAGCAGCCUGUUGCCGUUGCGAUCGAGGCAGAUCAGUCCUCUUUCCAGUUCUACAACGGUGGCGUUCUACCCGCAAAGAAAUGUGGAACGAAGUUGGAUCACGGAGUACUGGCGGUCGGUUAUGGAUAUGACAAGAAACACAAAAUGCACUACUGGAUUGUGAAGAACUCCUGGGGUGCUGAGUGGGGAGAUGAGGGUUACAUUCGUCUUGAAAAAAUGCCUAAGAAGACCAAGCACAGUGCAUGUGGUAUUGCCAAGGCGGCAUCGUAUCCUACUGUGUAAUGGAGUUGUUAGUGUUUGCUUCCAUUACUGUGGUAAAAAUCGAAUAUGUCUGAUGCGAAAGCAAGUGAUAGAAUCGAGUAGUUAGGGACUCUUUAUGAAUGGGAGAGUUUAUCAGACUAGAAACUUAGAUUCUGCUCCGAUUCAGAAUCUACAACGAUGCGCUUGAUGCUAGUUUUGAUUGAAUACAAUCACAUUCGUUUUCGCUG